UCUGCGCAGGCGCAGCUCGAAGGUGCGUGUUCGCGCGCGCGCGCGCCUGCGGAAUCAAGAACACGAGGCGCCGGUGGGUGAAGCGUAAGGGCGCGCCAGGAGCCGGGGAUUUCGGACGCAUGUUGGGGACCGAGCGGAGGUAGGAGGCGAGCAUGUCCUUUCGAGGCGGAGGCGGCCGCGGAGGAGGCCGCGGGGGGGGCGGUUUCGGUCGCGGCGGCUUCGGCCGGGGCGGUGGCGGCGGCGGUGGCAACAACUACCGAGGAGGAGGAGGGCGAGGUGGGGACCGUGGCGGCGGCCGAGGAGGUCGAGGAGGGGACCGCGGCGGCUUCGGCCGGGGAGGCUUCGGCCGAGGAGGGGGCGGCCGCGGAGGCUUUCAGAAGGGAGGCUACAACGAGGGACCCCCAGAAAACGUGGUUGUGUUAGGAGAAUUCUUGCAUCCUUGUGAAGAUGACAUUGUUUGCAAAUGUAUAACACAUGAAAAUAAAGUGCCUUAUUUCAAUGCUCCAGUUUACUUAGAAAACAAAGAACAGAUCGGUAAAGUGGAUGAGAUAUUUGGACAACUUCGAGAUUUUUAUUUUUCAGUUAAACUGUCAGAAAACAUGAAGGCCUCUUCUUUUAAAAAAUUACAGAAGUUUUAUAUUGACCCAUACAAACUGCUGCCCCUGCAAAGGUUCUUGCCUCGACCACCAGGUGAAAAAGCACCUCCAAGAGGUGGUGGUAGAGGAGGAAGAGGAGGUGGUGGCAGAGGAGGAAGAGGAGGUAGAGGUGGAGGAGGUAGAGGUGGUGGUUUUAGAGGUGGAAGAGGUGGUGGAGGCUUCCGAGGAGGACGAGGGGGUGGUGGCUUCAGAGGUAGAGGACACUAAAGUGGAACUUUGGGCAAGUAAACUUCAUCAGUUGACUUUCUGAAUUAUUCUUCAGAAUUAAGGAAUUAUUUCUGCUGUGGAUCUCAAGAUUUUUUUUUUUUAAAGCAAAUACAAUACUGAGGAACUGGUCAUUUUAUGACGGUGUAUCAACAGUGUCAUACCAUGCAAAGUGGAUGCAAAGGAUGAGACAGUUUUGCUCCAAAAGAGCAUGGACUUGAAUCUUUUAUAUAUUUUGUACAAUGUUCAGCACUCCGUGGGUGCUUAAUAAAUGUUCAGUAAUACUUUUGGUGUAAUUUGGAAUUUUUAAAUAUGAAAAGUUAACCUUUUUCUUAGUUUUAAAAUUGAUAGCUGUUGUUACUAAGGCUUGACUUCAUUUUUGAAAGUUAAAUGCCCAAUGAAUAAGUUUUAAAAAGCUUUAGCAGCCCGGACAUGAAUAUAUUUGCAUAAAAGCAGUUCAUAACUUCUCAGUUUGAACUGUGCUAGUGCUAUGGUACUAUUGUACUUAUAAACUAUGUUGAAUGGACUCUUCUCAAAUACUUAUUGUAUAUGGCAACUCAACACUUUUUAAAUGACUGCUCACUUUAUGUAACAACAGUUGUGAUUCCUUUACUACUUUGAUCAGUAGGUAAUUUGAUAAAUUGUAUAGGUGAAGAGAAGUUUGCCAACUGAUAGGAAAUUUAAGAAAUAAGUAUAGAAAUUUGGGUUAGUUACUUCAAUUGAGUACUGGCUGGAAAUUACUGACAUUAUAAUGUGUGGCUAUAAUUCAUUCAACUUAUGAUCUGAAAUAUUCAAUUUAUUUCACAGUACUCUGCUUAUUUAGUUCUAUUUGUUGGGAAUUUAAAGAUUUAAAGUGUUCAUGAAUUAUUCAGACUCCUGUUAGUUGAAGGUGAGCUUGAGGGUCUACAGAAAAUUGAAUUAGUGGGCUCAGAGACUGAUCCAGCUUGUAUGACAAUUAUGUUGAUAUAUUUAAGAAAAUUUAAAAUACAAAAAUAUUUGCAUGGAAUACUGGUUUCAGGAAAGUGUUCUUAUGGUGUAAUUUCUGGAAUUUUUAUAUUCACAUAUGCUCAUUUAAAACAGUGGUCCUCAUUGGUUUCUCAUGAGUGCUUUUAAUAAAACUAUUCCAGCUGUUCAAAUUUGCAAGAAACCUCAACAGUUUUACAUUGUGCCACUACGUUAAUUUUUACACUAAUUUUUUUCCUCCUGAUACUUUUGAAAGAUGUUAUUAAUAUUGUUUUCUUUGCCCAUCAUGCCUUAGGCAAAGUUUGGAAACCAUUAUGACUUUUUCUUGAGUAAUAAUUUAUUGUUGAUUUGAUUACCACUUGAGAUUCCAGUCAUAAUUCCAUAUUAGUAUUCUGAAGGAAAAAUUUUUUUUGCUUGACUUUUCCUCAGUCAGUUAAACUAUCUGGAUAAGUGUGAUUUUUACUCUUGAGGCUUUGGCAAACUGGAACUCAUGUUUGAGCAGGAAAGGUCCUGUUGGACUUAAUUAUUGCUUUACUAUUAGGUUAAAAUUUCAACAAGUACUAAGGUCAAGUGUUUUCUCUUGGCUUAUGAUAGAAAUAUCAGACUGCACCCAAGUGGGUGAUGUCAGUGCCCCAAGGGCAAAAUAAUAGUAUAUUUUUUCUAUAGUAUUUUUUACAACUUCGAUUUCUGUUGCAUAAAUUCUUUGUCUUCUUUCUGAUGUAUUUGAGCCCCAUUUGGCAAACUAUUAGAAUGGUAUAGUUAAAAGCACUCAGGGAUUCAUGCAUCAGUGGAAGUAUAAAUUUCAGCAUUGUUGUCUGGCUUUGACCAUUGUUUAUUCCAAGUCUUAUUAUUUUCCUUAUUUGUUGAUAUGAGAGGCUUUUUGGGAAUUCCUUCUUGAAAUGAAAUUUCCAGGAAACCCAGCAUUUUAUAAUUAACUUGUAAUGUUAAGUCCCUUUUUGAGAUUCAGGAUAAGAAUAUUUUUGAGGUUCACAUUUUUUAACCUUUUAUGUUUUAAUAACUUUCUCUUAAAUUGUUCCCAUGAUUCCCCUUCUAUCUACCUAGACCAUCAAGCAUUAAAAGAUCACUGGUGGUAGUAAGUAAAUUGCUUUUGGAUAAAAUGAGUGGGCAUCAUGGCUACAAAUACUAUAUAAAGUAGGAUUCCUGAUUUUUUUUAAAUCAUGAAGUUUCUAUGUUACAUAUUUUUAUGUCUAUAAUAGACAUUUUUAAUGGCCCAUCUAGGCUUUAUUCACAAUAUAGCUUUAUUUAUAUUAUUGGUGGCAGAAACCUGUUAAAAACCACUAUGUGUGUAUGUGCUCACCAUAAUCUAGAAACCUCCAGGGACAAAAGAGAACAUAGUCAGAGGGGCUUAUUUUCCCUUUUGUUUGUGCAAGAUUAUAUUUCCUUAAGUCUAAAUAAAUUUACCGACAAGUUUGAGAUUUUCUGACAAGCUUACAGGCUGAAGUUUAAAAUUAUUUGAUUAAAUGUCUGCUAUAGAAGGGAGUAUGAGCUAUAAUUUUUUUUUUUGACAUAACAGUUUCGUGGAAGAGAAAUUUAUUUUCUUAACAUUUACAAAGGGCUUUCCCUACAACCCCAAAAUAUAAAUAGGAAGUGUUAACUCUUUUUUGCAGGUGAGGAAAUAAAUAAUGAAAUGUCCAUCCAUGGUAGCAGUUAGUAAGCUUUAAGACACCUGAGCUUUGACUAGUCUUUUGUUUUAACUUAAAUGUGCUUCUUAUCCAAAUUCUUUGUUUAGGGUUUCAUUUUCCUAUGUUAUAGAAGUUAUAUAAUAGAAUGAGUGCAUCAGGAAGUUAGCCAAUUUGCUUUCUGGUAAAUGUUUUAAAUGUGUUUGUUUCAAGUAUCCUGGGUUUGCAGAAAUGCUCAGUUUCCUAUAACAAUAAUUUGAGGAAAUCUUUUUUGGGAGAAAGUAACAAAUUAGGUUAGCAAAACUUUACUAUAUGCAAAGCAUAAGAGUAGAUCAUGUCUGUUAUUAAUGGUAACAUCAGGAGGCUGCAUGAGAAGGUGCAUAGAUUUUGCAAUUGUGAGAGACUUCAGUUUUGCAUGGCUAUGUCAAUUCAGUUUAAAAGGUUUUAAUUAAUUCUACUCUGCAUAGGAAUUUGGGAGAGAAAUUAUGUAAGAUUUGGUCCUGACCUUCAUGGAACUAAUAUUCUAAAAGAUAGUGGGCAAUCACUGAACCUCUUUGGAUUGGAAAAUCAGUGCCCUCUUGCAAAAUGAAGUGGUUAAAUUAGGUAAAGAAGCAGAAGGUGGAAAGGGUACUUGUAAUCUGAUUAAGGCGAUUCUAGGUUUAGAAUUCUGCCUCCAGAACUUAGAAGAUGUUUGAUUGUGGCUGACUCCUUGAGUCUCUCUUGAAUUUCCCCAUUGGUAAAAUAGAAAUAAUACCUCUAACACCUGUGCCAUUGCUGUACCAUAUGUGAAGAACUUUGUAAACCCUGAAAUCUUAUAAUGUCUGUGAUCAUGGUCUCUGAUCUCUAAAAUGAGAAUGCUGGCCUAGAUGACUUCUAAGGUUCCUUCCAGUGCUAAAAUAAAUCUCUAAUUCUGGAUUUAUAAAAUUGAGGUGGUGAUAAAUAAAUGGAUGAAUAUGGCCCUCUAGUGGUUGUAUGACAUUCCUACAGUCUAAAUUUUGAUAUCCCAUUAUUAUUCUUAAAAUGUUAUUUUCACUAAGACUAUGAUCUUGGUCAUAAGUAGAUGAUAUAUCAGUCUGGUGUAGAGAAAAAUACGGAAAGGAAUGGAAUUCUUGAACCAUUUGUCACUUCUGUUUUUCAUUGUGUAUGGCUUCAUUAAGUUAUAUGUAAUUGGCCUUUUUUUUAAAGGCAUAGAAAUAUAAUCUAUAUCUUGUACUCUAUCAGAUCAAUAACCAAAUCCAGGAAUUCUUAUGUAAGCUAUACUUAUUAUUAAAGAAUAUUUAUUAAAUGA